CAUCUCUAUUUGUAUUCAACAUUUAUUAUCAACUUAACCCCAAUUCACAAAUAAUCUCUCCUUUUCACAAAAAUUUAGUCUUUUCGAUUUCAAUCAAGAAAAUUCAUCUUUUCAAUCGCGAAAAUAUAUCCCAUUUUCUUCUCCAAUUCACCCGGCAAGCAUUACGAAAAUUCUAUCCUCUCCGAUCAAUAAGACAUGGCCGGAAUUUCAGCCGUAAUAAUCGUCAUUUCCAUUUUCUUGAUGGUGUUGGUGGUGGCAGAUGACAUGUCGUCGUCAUCGUUGUCAUCGUCGUCGUCGUCGGUGAUACGUUUACCGUCGAAAGUAACCGCAGAAGGGAAGAACGUGUGCGCUGGUGCGGUGGCGUCGUCAUGGUGCCCUGUGAAGUGUUUCCGGACGGACCCUGUUUGUGGGGUCGACGGCGUGACGUAUUGGUGUGGUUGUGCAGAAGCGGCGUGUGCCGGUGUAAAAGUUGGGAAAAUGGGGUUUUGUGAAGUGGGAAGUGGCGGUUCGGCUCCUCUCUCUGCUCAAGCGUUUCUUCUCUUACAUAUUGUAUGGCUUAUAGUUCUUGCGUUUUCAGUUUUCUUUGGUCUUUUUUAAUUUUUUAGUACUAUCUAUGAGGAUCUCUUGUCUUCUUGUAGAAUACUAGAUUAGAAUAUGAUUAUAACUCAGUGAAAUAGUGAAUUGUUAAUGCUAAUGUAGUCUAUGAGUUUGUCAACUUCAAUUUUGCAUCAACUCUUUGAAGAACUUUCCGACAUGUUUUUCAGUCGGAUGAUCAAUAGAGUCCGACGAAAAAAUCAUUUUUACCAGAAAUUGAACUCGAAUUAUGUCGAACCAA